ACCUACUGAAGCGCCAUCCGCUCGUGAAUCAAGACAGCACAUCCGCGCUGUUGCAACACUGCCGAGCACUUCUGGAUAUUGCGCCUUACCAACUAGUAAUACAAUUCACUACGAAAGAGUUCCUAGAGUGCAGUCUGACGGCGACUCAGAAAGCGUGAGAAGGUGGAAGAAGAACAAGUACCGAGCGCAGGUUUCAAGGACGAGAACCUCUCCAAAAGGCGGCGACUUCUCGCAUCGUUGGAUCCGCACAACCCACGAGUCCCCGACCACCUCACACUCACUCACGCCAACUCCACACACAACAUAACAUCUUGGCAGAUCUCUCUCGUCACACACGCGACCUUUGGGAUUCCAACAAAAACAUCGCCAACUGUCUUUUUUGAGUCCGCGCUGAGAGACGACGGCGUAGAAGGAGAGAACAGCAGCAAGCAGGGCCUUCGGUUUGCUGACAUAAACGCGUCCCCGUCAUCGUGUGGAAGAAUAAGACAAGCAUCAUAGUAUCAACUGGAGGCUCUUGUGUCCCCGUCAGUCGAGCAGCCGCAACCGCCAGCCCACGCAAACAGGCAAUUAGCUCUUGUCCAUCCCCUCGCCUCAGGAAGGCAUCGUCAACAGCAGGCACGCAAGCCUCACCCAAUCAGCCAGCACUCAAUACGCACAUCCGUCCAUCACCUCCGCUCUAAUCAGUCAGUCACCAUGUCCAACGCGGCUGUCGGUACCGUUUACGAGCACAUCAUCAACGAGGUGAUCAACGCUGUGCGCGUCGACUUCGAAGAGAAUGGUGUCGACGAUAGUGUUCUGGAAGAACUAAAAAAGGGAUGGCAACACAAGCUGUCCCAGCUCAACAUUGCUCAGUUUCCUUGGGACCCCAAGCCUGAAGCACCACCGCCGGCGCAGGCUACGCAGAACACUUCUUCUGCCGUUAAUGCGCAGGCGGCUGCUACCCAGCAACCAACGGCCAACUACACUCAGUCGACCCUGAGUCCACAAACGGCCGCUCAGUCCCCGUCUCUUCCUGGCGGCCAGCCCAACGGUAAUGGCGUCGCUAUCAAGAGUGAACCAGGCAUGGCGAAUGAGCCUACUAUCAAGCAAGAACCGGGUACUAUGCAGCCCAUGAUGCACCCCGCCUACCCUGGAAACAACGCUGCUCGUGGUGGUAUGGCUGCCCAGCGGGCUGCCCAAGCCAUCGCAAAUCGGUACGGAUCGCAGGCCCAGGCUUCCAUCAACGCUAUUCACCAGCAAACUCAACAGCCUCAGAUUCCCGGACAGGCACCACCACCACCACUCCAACAACAACAACAACAACAACAACAACAACAACAGCAGCAGCAGCAGCAGCAGCAGCAGCAGCAGCAGUUUAGCCCACAGCAGCAGUAUCAGCAGACUGUUGCCGCUCAGCUGCAGCAGCGCAUACCACAGCAGCCUGGGCAGCCUGGACAGCCGCAGCCUCCCAACCAGCAGAACGGUCUCGGUGGAGCACAGGUAGAUGGCUCCAGCGACGGAUUUGACGGUGUCAUGAUGCGUCGCGAUGCGGAUGGCAAUCCGGUCGAGAUGGGUCGCGUCGAGAUCGACAACCUGCUUCACGCCCAGCUCCUAGAAAGAGCCAAACAGAGGGAAGGAGGCGGCCUGAUGCUUCCAUUGAAGGAAGCCACCAAGCAGAGGAGUAACGCCACCAAGAGUCGCCGUGCCGCCGCCGCCGGUGGUCCGAAUCAGCUUGAUGGAAAUGAUGAGGACGAUGACGAGUUUGACGAAGAUGCCAUCAACUCGGAUCUUGAUGACCCUGAGGAUGAAAGGGAUGACGAUGACGAAGAGGAUGAGGCUAGUGGCUGGAUCAUGCUCUGCUUGUAUGACAAGGUGCAGCGUGUCAAGAAUAAGUGGAAGUGCACCCUCAAGGAUGGCGUCUUGACUGUCAACGGCAAGGAAUAUGUUUUCCAUAAGGCCAAUGGGGAAUAUGAGUGGUAAAAGAUGCCCAUGUUGCCCUCUCAGACGGGGACAUGGGUCUUCCUGAUUAGAUACCAGCUGCGUAGCCGUUCAUGGGCUUGAAUUCGUGAUUGACAGCAAGUUUUUCUCAGGCCAUACAUACCCUCUUAACCCAUGCCGGUAUGAUGAUAAUACUAGGGGGGUGGCAUCUGGCAAGAAAUAACCCUCCUAUUUCUCUUUAGUUGCCUCUAUAAAGGCAAGCUUUACUUGACGCGACGUGGAAUUAGACUAGCUAUCAUCACAUAUGGGUACACCAUGGUCUGAAUGGGGAAAAGUUGGCAUCGUUAGUACAUGGCUGAGGGGAUAGAAGGGACAGGAAAAAGGCGCCCAGGAGGAAGGACAUCAUAAUUUUGUGAUGAGCAGGGAAGCAGUGGGAAAGGAAGGUACAAAGAGUUUUGGAGGGAAUAAAGUCAGAUGGGUAUUUCUAGAGAUUGGCGAGGUAUGGUCUACAAAUACCUAGGUGCGAAUUUCGGACAGCUUUAGAGAUCAUAUCAAAAUUUCGUCAGGCCCCUGUGCCGACACCGCUGCGUG